AUGGCAGUGGGCUUUAUUACAGCUCAGUAUAUCUACAUCUGGGUCCAGAACUUCGAUGAAGAUAUCCAAACAAACAAGACGGUGAAGGAAGCUGGAGUGAAGAACUACCUCGUGGUGGCAAUAGAUACAAAGUUGCGAGAUCACCUCUCGAAUGAGGGAAGCAAUGUAUAUUACAGGGACGUGAAGGUGGACAAGGCUCAGGAAGGAACAGGGGAUAAUCAUGCCAUCUCAGCAUUAAAAUUCAAGAUCAUCCAGGAAUUUCUAGAGCUGGGCUGGAAUGUGCUGCUUUCCGAUGUGGACAUCAUCGUAGUGCAGGAUCCCUUUCAGCACCUCCACAGAGACCAUGACAUUGAGGGAAUGUCUGAUGGGUUUGACGAUGCCACAGCGUACGGCAACAUAAAUGGCCUAGACGACCCAGCAAUGGGCUGGAGCCGUUAUGCCCAGGGGACAACGCACCUCAAUAUGAACUCAGGGCUCUUCUACAUCCAAGCAAAUGUGAGGACUGUAGAUCUGAUGAAGCGUGUUGCAGCUCGUCUUGCCAAAGAGAAGGCUUGGGAUCAGUCGGUGUUCAACGAGGAGAUAUUCUUCCUGUCACAUGGCGAUUACAAGAACCCGGGGGUCACAGUUCGUGUGAUGGACAUCUACCUCUUCAUGAAUUCCAAGGUUCUUUUUAGGACGGUCCGCCACCAGCAGCCGUCGCAGCAAGUAAGGCCGGUCAUGGUGCACAUCAAUUACCAUCCAGACAAGCUUGAAAGAGCAAAGGCCGCAGCCAGAUACUUCAUUUUGGGGGACAAAUCUGCCUUGAAAGAGUUUCCCGGAGGCUCUGAACCAGGCUCUUGA